AUGUCUGCCGAACUUGCUGUUGUUUAUGCUGCCCUCAUCCUUGAGGAUGAUAACGUUGAAAUCACCGCCGAUAAGCUCCAAACCCUUGUUGCUGCUGCCGGUAUUGAGGUUGAGCCUAUCUGGUUCUCCCUCUACGCCAAGGCUCUCGCUGGUCAAGACCUCAAGGCCCUUCUCAUGAACGUUGGUGCCCCUGGUUCCGGUCCCGCUGCCUCUUCUGGUGCUGCUGCCGCCUCUUCCGAUGCCCCCGCUGAGGAGGAGAAGGUCGAGGAGAAGGAAGAGUCUGACGAUGAUAUGGGUUUCGGUCUCUUUGAUUAAAUUCAAUUCAGAUCAACAGAUUAUUUAAAUUAAUAAAUUUUUAUUUUGAAUCCUUAC